AACAUAUCACUUGCUUAUUUUAAUCAACGGGCGUGUAUUUAAUGGCCGUUGAUGCUAAUUAAUUUCACUUGCCGAUCGACGACACCAGGGUAUACAUCACCUAAAUUACAAGUGAAGUAUCACAGAGAACGGGACUUCAUUGGUUCCAGACGCUUUAUAAACAUGUAAACGUUUGAUGGACUUUGAUCAAUCGGAAUAGUUAUUGCAGUGUAAUUUUUGAAACGUUACAUAAUAAGUUAGGCACAGGCGUCAACCUGAUAAGUUCACUUUUCAUUUAAAAAACAUUAAAGAAUUUCAACUUGGAAAAAAUUUACAAGGACUUAUUUAAUUUUCAAGCAAUUUUACAAUUAAGGUAAUUUUCAAAUAAGGAGCUUGUGGGGCUUCACUUUCGAAAUAAGGCGAAAAACCGAAGAAGACAAGACGUUAUAUGAUUUCAAAUUAAUACGCCGAUCCUUCAAAUUACACAUUUAUUCGGUAAUAUUCCAUAGAAUAAACAGAAAUAAAAAUGAAAAUCCAAGUGUUCGGAUGCACAUUUUGUUUAGUGAUAGUUAUAAAUUGUAUGCUUUACGAGGCAAGGACUUUGUAUACGGUAAACCCAUAUGAUUAUACUCUGUCAAAAAGGGGUAACGUAGAGCGGCGGGGAUUCCUUAAGAGUUUUUGUGUCCGUAGAUGCCAAGUCGGUAGAGGAGGCAACCUGUGUCGAUGUAAUGGUUUUCAUUUCGCAGGGAAACGAAACGGAAUUAUGCCAGCAUAUGCGGAAAAUCAAAGACGAAUUGUUGAAGAUGACCCUGAACAAAUCGUAUAUAAAAUUUUGGAGGAGAAUGACAAAAUUUCACUAGAUCCAGAUAAAUAUAGUGUAAAAACCGGUAUGAUCCCUCAACAAGAGAUAUUGAGAGAAAUAGAAGAAAUAUUUCCAGAAGUGAUGACCGCCGAAUUAGGCAAAAGACCACCAAGAAACGACGACAUUGGGGAGAUUAUUGAAGAUUAUCUUCGAACAGACGAAAUGUAAAAUAAUCACUAACAGGAUUAUUUCUCGCUUUAAAAAAAACGUA